UCAAAACGGUUUACGUUUUGUUUGAUCACGUGACACAUCUUCCCCGGGAGUCCUGCUAAUUCCUGUCAAGAAAAAGUUAAAGACUUCAUUUAAAUCACUUCAGAAUGAAUCGGAUGAUAUUGUAUAAACAAUGUGAAACCUUGACAUAAAGUGCAAUGGCUCUCCCAGUGGCAGGAAUUGUUUGUAUCGUGCUAGCAUGCUGGGUUGUUCUCGUCUUGGCUCUCUUUUGUUUGUACAGAUUUUUGAAGACUCGUGGGUCCUGUGACUGUGAUUGUACUCCGUGUGGAACAGAGGGUGGUGAAAGCUGUCCAUGUUGUAAAGCUGUGUCCGACUCGUGCGACUGUUGUAAUCCUAGUCUAAAUGGUUGUUUAAAUUCUGUUUGUCCGAAAAAGAAAAUAAGUUGUGUAGAUAUAAUACUGUGUCAGUGCUGUGCCGAACCUGGUCAAGAUUCCUGCCUCGUUAACACAUUACAGUACAUAUUUUGUUGUCCGUUGAAGUGUGCAGCGGAACAUUGUUUGAUCGGUAAACCAGAGACGGCGAUACCAAAGUGGCAGUAUGAAGGCAAAACUUUCUGGGAGUGGACUAAAUCGAAGAUGGGUUACUCAUUGAAAUGUACAGACUGUGCCUGCAUGACGUGCUAUAAAUUGACGGAAGAUGAUUCUAAUAUUUGUUCAUCAUUCAGGGCUUGUUGGUCAGACAUUCGGGCCAAAAAACCUUUGUCCUGUAAGUGCCUUGAGAAUGAUUGUACAAACCCGUUAACAGCUUUGUGUUCAAGAAUUAGUGACUGGAAGUGUCUAAAAUGUGCCAAAGACAAUGACAGUUUAAGUGUGUGUGACAGUUGCAAUUUCUUUUCUGUUGUUAAGUCAGAACCUUUUAUAUGUCCAACUUACAAAAUGAGAGUAAGUGCUAAUUUAAGAGAUAUGACACGAUGUCCGAGUUGCCCGGACCAUGUGCUUUGUUUCACGUGCGUAGAGGAUCAGUUUGUCAAUUGUUGUUGUCAUUACGUGUUUUUUAAUAGGUGCGGUGAUCCUUACUUCCGUUACGAUGACAAAGAAGAUAUCUGCUCGUUUAGAGAAUCCAACUUUUGUUCGUUCAUGUUUCAAGUUCUUUUAAACAUUCCACGUCUUCUAUGUUUUGGUUGUGUAGGGCUGUGUGAAAACAAUGUCAGAUGUUGUUACUUCACUUCUAUUAACUUUGCUAGUCUACUAUGCUGUAAAUGCUCAGAUGAGGAAUUUUGCCUCAGUUAUACGUGUCUAUGUUUCGAUUGUGAAAAGAUCACGAAAAAGGAAAUAGGUCAGACGAAUGAAGACUUACAGAGCUGCAAAUGUGGUUGUUGUAUUUACAUGAAAAGAAAGCAUUAUCCAUUUCUUGAUUUUGAUAUUGACAUUAAGGAACCAGUAGACUCUGUUCAAACCACCAGUGAUGAAAGCCUUGUAAACACUCAACCUAAAGCAAGCAGAGAAGCAAUUUAUCUUGACAGUCAUAGAAUUAAUUCAAUGUUUGAAAUUGUUAAUGAGACACAAGAGAGCUUUGAUGAGUCUUCAGAUAAAACAAAUCUUGUUUCCAAGAAUGAGUCUUUAGAUAAAACAAAUCUUGUUUCCAAGACAAAUCUUGUUUCCAAGAAUUCUAAAAGAAAAAGCCAGCAAGGAAGAAGCUCUGUUAGUAAAUCAGCUAUACAUGCACACCAUGAUAAAGGUAGAAAUGUCAAUUCAGAAUUGGAUACUUCUAGUGAGAGUAGCUUUUCUUAUCUUGAUGUUAAACAAAUACAUGCAUUGCAGAAGAAACUAAUAUAUAGUGAUGAUGAAAUAGACCCUGAGGUAAAGGAAAUUGAUGAUACAGAUGUUGUGAAAAGAAAACAAAGAAAAGGCCAUUUUGAUAAAAGUGGUGGGAGAAAGAGACAAAAUAUUUCUAGAAGUUCUGGUGGUGGAAGAAAGAGACAAAAUAUUUCUAGAAGUUCUAUGUCGAGAGAAGAUUCUUUUGAGGCACCUAAAUUUCAUAAAACAGGUAUUUUGAAAAGUGAAUCAACUACACUAGGUGAUGAAAACUGUGACACUGAAUCAGAACCAUUUUCAAUAUAUAGCAGUAGUAGAGAAAAUGAACAUAGAACCAGAAAAAAAGCUCAUUUUGCAAAUGAAGAUGCAGUAUUGAUAAAAGAACUCUUCCCAGUUAAAGACUCUGACACAAGUUUAAAUGGAAAGCUAGUUUCAGAAAUUUCCAAUGAAAUUUACGAAAGCAAUGCAGAUGUUAGUUGCAAAAGAAAGAGAAAAGUGGAUGAUAAGAAAUUAAGGUCAAGGAAAAAAUCAACUACAAGCAGUUCCCGUGGCAAUGAUCUUGGAAGGUCACUUAGCAAAUCAAACAGUUCCAUUGGCACUGAUCUUGGAAGGUCGCUUAGCAAAUCAAACAAUUCCAGUGGAAAUGAUCUUGGAAGGUCACUUAGAUCCUAUGGCAAUGAUCUUGGUAUGUCGCUUAGCAAAACAAACAGUUCCAGUGAAAAUGGUCUUGGACGGUCGCUUAGCAAAUCAAACAGAUCCCGUGGCAAUAAUCUCGGAAAGUCACUUGGCAAAUCAAACAGUUCCAGUGGCAAUGAUCUUGGAAGGUCACUUAGCAAAUCAAACAGUUCCUUUGGAAAUGAUGUUGGUAAGUCACUUAGCAAAUCAAACAGUUCCAUCAGAAGUGAUCUUGAAAGGUCAACUUGCAAAUCAAGCAGGUCCGGUGGAAAUGAUCUUGGUAAGUCACUCAGCAUAUCAAACCGGCUCCUUCACUCUGAACAGAAUUUCAACGGCAGUAAAACAAAAAGAUCUUCAAGGAAGAAAACAAGUUCUGGUAAGAGACAGGCCAUUGAAACUGAAGAAUUAAGAAAGUGUGAUGAUGUUGUAAUAGUUGAAUAUGAUUCAUCAGAGGAAUAUUUUGCUGUGGACAAAGAUUUUGUUGUAGACAAAGUAUCAUGUAAAGAGGACGAAAUGAAAAUAGAAGAUAUAGAGGACCUGUCAGAUUAAAGAAAAUAUUAUCUAUUAGACAGAGUUAUGAUGGAUAGUAAACUGACCAAAUAAAAAUAAAGCAGUCUUUGAUAGAUUAGCACAAAAGGGAGGUAACCACAUUUAAUGUAAAAGGGAAGUAAUCAUAUUUAUUUAAAGCUGAAAUAAUGAGGUAUAAUAUUAAUUUUCAUAGAAGGCAGUUUAAUCUGAAAACCAGUCUUGUAGUUGUACAAAUUCUUUUAUGUUUAAUGUGGAAAUGUUUGUUUGAAAAUAAUUUCACUUUAUGUUAAUUAACCUAACAUAAGAAUGUGUUGUUAGUAAGUAAUGACUUUAGAUAAUGUAUUGAUUUAUCACUUAUCAGAUGAUUGAAAUGCAGGGAAAUAUUUGUUAAAUUAUUGAAUGUAUGUCUGUAUUGAAUGAGCUAGAAAUAGUAAUUUGUGCUUAGUGAUAUUUUUAAACCUCGUGCUUGAGUGGUUAAGAUAUAGAUUUAUUAAUUUUUUUCGACUGUUCUAUUGUUUAAACUUUGUUCAUUCAGUCACAUGUAUUUGGUAACAAUAGUAAAUUAUAGUUAUAUUUUACUUUUUGGCCGUCCAAUGUUAGUUUAUAGUUAUAUUUUUCUUUUUGGCCGUCCAAUUCUUUUUUUCUUCACUGUUUUAUGUUGUUGUUUAGUAUUUUAUAAAAUUAUUAUUAUCAAUAUGUUUUUACAUUAUAUUAUAUUAUA